AAGAGAGCAUGUUUUGCUUGAAGGCUCCCCCUUUCUCCUUCCCCUCCCCCGCCCCUGAUAAAAUGCUAAUUAAUAAAUCGACGCUUUCGAGAUUGUGGAAGCAUCAACGUUGGAAGAACUUCAGAUUAUAUUCGGUAAGGUAUGGCAGUCUACCCGAUUGCUGUCACUCCAACGCAGUCUUUACAAACAAACUGAUAACUGAACACGGGAAGCUCGGUCAACUGGAUAUCGCCCGGAAUUUGUUUGAUGAAAUGUCCCAACGAACUGUUGUUUCGUGGAACACGAUGAUUUCUGGGUACUCGAAGUGGGGAAGACUGCAUGAAGCUCUUACUCUAGUUUCGAUGAUGCACUGUAACUCUGUGAGGCUCAAUGAGACCACUUUUUCAACUGUCUUAAGUGUGUGCUCUAGGUUAAGGUCAUUACCCGACGGCGAACAGGUCCAUGGACUGAUUUUGAAAUCUGCAUCCGAAAGUUUCAAACUUGUGGGAAGCGCUUUGUUGCAUUUCUACUCGAGUUGUUCUGAAAUUGGACAAGCGAAGCGGGUAUUUGAUUUGUUACAUGAACGGAAUGAGUUGCUGUGGAGUUUGAUGCUUGUGGGCUAUGUUCAACGUGAUCUGAUGAGUGAUGCUUUGGAUUUCUUUAAUAGGAUGCCGACUUGCGAUGUUGUUGGGUGGACAGCACUGAUCUCGGGUUAUUCAAGGAGGGAGGGGGGCUGUGAGAAGGCUUUGGAGUUGUUUUGGUCGAUGAGAGAGAAUGGCGAAGUGGCACCUAAUGAGUUUACUUGUGAUUGUGUUUUAAGAACUUGUGGUAGACUGGGAGCUUGGCAUGAAGGCAGGGCUGUCCAUGGGCUGCUGCUAAGAUAUGGACUUGAGUUUGAUCACUCAGUUAACAAUGCACUCAUUGAUUUUUAUUGCAAUUGCAAAGUUAUGGAAGAUGCGAAAAAAGUUUACGACAGACUUGUUAACCCGUGUUUAAGUGCUUCAAAUACACUAAUUGAAGGGUUUAUCUCGAUGGGAAAGGUUGACGAGGCAGAAACAAUUUUUAAUGAACUAAAUGAGAUGGAUCCACUAACUUAUAAUUUGAUGAUUAAAGGAUAUGCAGUGAGUGGUAGAGUUGAUGAUUCAAAAAGGUUGUUUCUAGAAAUGCCGCACAGAACAAUUGUCUCCUCAAAUUGUAUGAUUUCAAUUUAUUCAAGAAAUGGUGAAAUUGAUAAAGCUUUGGAACUUUUUGAAGAAACAAAAUCAGAAAGAAACCCCGUGACAUGGAAUUCAAUGAUCUCAGGGCACAUUCAAAAUGUUCAACAUGAAGAGGCAUUGAAACUAUACGUGACUAUGAGGAGGUUGUUGAUAGGCCAAACCAGAUCAACUUUCUCUGCUCUAUUUCAUGCAUGCUCUUGCCUUGGAUCUCUGCAGCAUGGACGGCUACUUCAUGCUCAACUAAUUAAAACACCUUUCGAAUCUAAUGUUUAUGUUGGAACAGCCCUUGUAGAUAUGUACUCCAAAUGUGGGAGCAUCACUGAAGCUCAGGCAUCAUUUCAUGUGAUCAGUUCUCCAAAUGUAGCAGCUUGGACAGCUCUGAUUAAUGGGUAUGCACGUCAUGGGCUUUGCUCUGAGGCUAUCUUGCUCUUUGAGAACAUGUUAGAGCAAAGAGUAUAUCCAAAUGCAGCAACUUUUGUUGCACUCUUGUCAGCUUGUGUCUGUGCUGGUUUGGUCAAUGAGGGGAUGAUAUUUUUCCACUCAAUGGAAAAAUAUUAUGGGGUAACCCCAACGUUAGAGCAUUAUGGAUGCGCUGUAGAUCUUCUUGGUCGAUCAGGCUGUCUACAAGAAGCCGAGGAGCUCAUAAAAGAGAUGCCUAUUGAAGCUGACACGGUGGUUUGGGGGGCAUUGCUUAAUUCUUGUUGGUUCUGGAUGGACAUGGAACUGGGUGAAAGGGUAGCCGAUAAAAUAUUUGAUUUGGAUCCUAAGAAUAUGUCUGCUUAUGUUAUUAUGUCUAACAUAUAUGCGGGGUUGGGGAGAUGGGGGGAUAAGAUGAAGGUAAGGAAGAUCUUGAGAGGUUUGGAAGUGAAGAAGGACCCUGGGUGUAGCUGGAUUGAGCUACACAACAGGGUUCAUGCGUUCUCUAUAGAAGAUAGAACUCAUCCACAUUUUAAUGUGAUCUGUACAACUUUGGAGCAUCUAACAGCAAAUGUGAUUUCCAGUAUUCAACAUGGUUAUGUUUCUGGCCCAUAACAAAGCUUAAUAUAUUCUGUGCAGUAUCCUCGUGUAGAUGAAAUUCUAUUUCAGGAUCCUUUCUUAGUCCCAAGAUUGGAGUAUUAACAUAAGCAUAAUGAUCUGAUAUAAACUGAGCACCACAGGUUCAUCUUUCUUUAUUACAUCUCUCCAUCAGAUAUAGAUUUUUGGCCAUAUGUUCCUUCUACUAUCAUUGUAUCAUUCUUUCUCCUAUAUUUCAGCAGGCACUCAAAUCUCUCUUGUCAAUGCUCGAAUACUAGUUCGUGUAUUUUUUUAUUUGGGCAACUGAAGUUAUCAUUCUCUUGAGAAUUGGAGUUCCCUUUUUAGUUUAGGCUAUCCAUUCAUUGCUUAGGCAUAGAAACACACCAAAAUGCAUGAUUGUUUCUUUUUCCCCUUUUUGUUAUUUUGGUAGUUUUCCAUAGAGCUAAUCAGUUCCGAUUGGCUAUGGAAUGAAGAUACUGUUGUAUUGGUUAUGGAGAAUGCCUACACUUCUUUUUGAUACUUUUUCAUGUGUGAAUUAUUCUAGAACCAAAGCUUUAUUUCUGUAGAGUAAUCAAAUGCAAAAAAGAUGCCACAACUUGUUUAUUUAUCAACUCUUACUUUUACUUGAGAUUCAUGUAUGAAAUGUUUUGACAAUGAAUAGAUAGAGGUGAUCCAUGUACAAAUAGGUGAAAUUGAAGUCAAAAUGUGGAUGGACAAUAAAUGACUCAACAUCAGAAAUGACAAGUUAGAGAUUUUACAGUUUUUUUUUUUUUACAUUUAAUUCUGAAAAAACUCAAAUGGUACAGAUUUGUUUCCCCUUUUCUUGUUGCAAAAAAUGACAAGCAGAUGUAAAUUUGUAUUUUGUCAUGGUUCGUGUCAAGUACUGUUUUCUUUUUGGACCAACAGUAAAAGUCAAGCUGUCAAAUCAAAAUUCUUUAGGACAAUUAUAAUUGUUACAUUAUCCUGCUGUAUAUGCAAGACUUAUCUUUAUAAAGAUUUCCUCUGGGAAUGUUUCAUGAGGUUUACUAAUUCAAUUACAUUGGAUUCUAGGAAUAAGUUGUGGGUUAUCAUGGAGGUAUGCUGUACAUAUCCUGUCUUCAUCUUAUGUUUGAAAAAGUAGACCAGGUAUAUAUUCUUGUAGAUGUAGUUGCUAAUGAUCAUACUAAUUGUUAUUUCCUUUUCUUUUAGUACUUAUAGCAACUGUAAGGUUCUGAUAUAAUGUGAGAUAUAGUGAUUAAUUAAACCAUAUUGCCAUAAUAAAUCCUGCAAAGUGAGUUUCCAAUAAUAAAGGUGGUUGCUGCAUGUAAAAUUGAUCAUGAUUGUAUUAGUAUACAAACCAGAGAAAAGGUAUGGUGCGUGACAAGUCCCAUGCCACACAUUUUGUCCUUUCUUUUCUUCUGUCCUCCGCUGGUAGGUAUUUUCCACUCUGAAUCAAUCCUCUUGAAUGAAACUAGCUUAUAACAGGCAUCACAAUCUGGUGGGUAUUUUGUCCCUUAGCAUAUGCUUUUGUUAAUGUUUCAAUCAAUGUUCAG